UCAUUGUGCUUGCCUCUGCAUACAUAGCAGAACCCAUAUCCUCAUCUGUAGGUGAUAUGGUUGCAUCCCUCUCGUCUCUGGACCUAGAUUUUGCAUUCUGAGCAUUUCUAGAACUUCUCUUUGACCCAAGUACAACUAUGUGGUUCUUCUGAUGUAGCCCAAAAGUAGCAAAGACCAUAUCUUCAGGUUUGAUUCCUAUGAUCUUCUUAUGCUCUCUGCCGGUUAGUUUUGGGUGCCAUUUCUCUCUGCAUUUUAGGCAAUACGAGACUGAACACAAUGGACAACUAUGUUUCGAAGAUUUGAAGUCUUGUGAAACCUCAAAAAUAUGAAAUCAGUUCGGAGUUGGACAGAGUUGGUAGAGGUUUGAAUUUUGGUAGACAAAAUUUUAAAUUUCAAAUCUCUCAUAUUUCUGACAUAGUUUAGUGUCGCAAGUGUCCUUGAUGUCCUGCUCUUGGAUCUUUUCAAUGCAGCUAUGUAUAUGUAUAGGACAGCUUAUUGAGAAAGACUAUACAUCAACUUUAGAUUUGAUGUACAUCCCCAGACAUUCAGUGUGGUACAUGUGGCCACAUUGUGUAAGGAUCAAGUCAUGAAUCUCGAUACAUCUGUAACAAAUGGAACACUCUAAGAAAUCCUUAUUUGAUUCACAAUUGAGACCAGGAGUUACCGAAGCUCUUGUUUUCACCUCUUCUUUAAAAGAAUUCUUCAGACCAGAAGACUCUUAGGAGAUCUUAGCAGGUGUCUUCUCUUCUUCAUUAUGACUAGAAACUUGAGGGAUUUACUGAGUCUUUUAUCGAUAGAGAUUUCUAACUAGAGAAAUUGCAUCACUCAUUUUUUAUAUCUGACAUCUUUUCCUCUUUUGUCUCUUGAGCAGGCUGGAUGAAGAACUUUG